UGGAGAAUCCGAUUCUACAGCAAAGAGAUAACCAGAAAAUAGAGGCCCGAGUUGGUCACAUGUCGACUGUCCUCGAGAGUAUAUAGAGGGCAUAAAAUCCGUCCCGAUUCUUCUCAUCAAUCACAGCUCAAUCCUCAGUUCGAUCAGACUCUUCGAUCAGACUCAAUCAUCAUCUCUCUCGAUUCUCUCGAAUCCCAAUCUUUGCCAAAUCUCAAACUUAAACUCCAUCACAAUGAAGUUCACCACCGCCAUCUCCUUCCUCGUCGCCACCGGCGCCAUGGUCUCCGCGUACCCCUCCAACCAGAACGAAGAAGCUCUGAAAGGCCAAGUCCAGGAGAUUGCCAGCUCCGGCAAGGUCCAAGGCGUCCAGCACAGCCAGAAAGCGUCCAGUGACUGCGUCGGGCCUCAAUUGUGCUGUGGCACCUUGACCACUCCUCUUGAUCCUGUCGUGGAUCCCCUGUUGAAGACUCUCGGCGUUGAUCUUGCCAACAUUGUCGGCUCGGUCGGUCUUCUUUGCCACGGCUAUGACUCAAGCUGCACCACUACUCCUCAGUGCUGCACUGAAGCCAACCUCUUGGGCGGUACUGUUGCCCUUGGCUGUGCGGAUGCCAAUUAAUCAGCGGAAGCAUCGGAAUAUAACAGUGCACAGUUUG